AAAUUGGGUUUUAAGGGCGCACAUUGCUUUAAAGCCAAAAUAAAUAUAGAGGUGCAAUGGACCAAUGAGCCUGUAAUCGCUGCAAUUGAAAGAAAUGGUGGUGUAAUUACAACCUCCUACUAUGACCCACAAUGUCUGAUAGCCAUGUGUGAUACAAAACAGUUCUUCAGCAGAGGUGAACCAAUUCUACGUAGAUUUUUGCCGCCAACAGAUUGUUUAGAAUAUUACUCCAGCGCCAGUAUGAGAGGGUAUUUGGCCGAUCCUGAGAAGAUUUCUCAGGAGCGACUGGUAUUGGCGCAAAAAUAUGGCUAUGAGUUACCAAAAAUUGAGGAGGAUCCCGAUUAUGAGAUGUUGUGCGAGCGUAAGGAUCCGCGGCAGUUGUUUUAUGGUCUGGAACCGGGUUGGGUGGUCAAUCUUAAGGAUAAAGUCAUACUGAAACCGAAAGCCAAGUAUUUGAAGGAGUUUUACGCAAGUUGAGAUAAAGAUAGAAUAAUAAUGUGUAUAAAUUAGGUACAAUAAAUGAUACUUAUGAGAC